GUUCAAGCAAAACUGCCUGAGGGGUCGGAGGUUAACGUGGAGCGAAACAAAAACAGGGGAGGUGUGAAAGGAGGGAAGGUGGAAAUGAGGCGUGGCUGCCGUGCUGGUUAACAGAAGGACAGGAAGGCUAGAAAACAGGCAUGGAACAAGGAAGAAGGGAUGGGCUGGCUCAAGUUUCAGCGCCGAGUAUUCAAGGGUUGGGUGUAAUUCUAGCCCUGAACUCCCCGCACAAAUUGACAACUCUUGUAGUCACACAUUUGCAGUCUGGAGGAGUCACCAGAGAAGACUGAAGGAGAUCUUCACCUACAAUUUAUGUUUUUUAUUUAAUUCUUCUGAAGAACCAGUUUUGGUUUCAUUCUUGUUCCGAUCGCCAGCCGUCGGCACCUGUUGAUAUUAUUUUAACGCCGCUGCUUAUUCCACAUUCGCCGCUGAAAAAAAAAAAAAAAAAACAACUCUGGAAGGGAAAAACAGGAUUACAAAGAAGCAAACCAGGAAGUUUUUUCCGUUCGGCCUACGUGAGUGUGUUUUUGAGCAUGCAGCCGCCUACAUUAGGCUGGGAAAUAACCUGAAAUAUCGCGGACCUUUAACCUUGUGGAAUUGUGAGGGUCGCAUGUCACAGCAUGAGCCAACAAGUGGGGAUAAUGGCUUCCAAGAGCGUGCAUGGAUGUAAACAACAACUGCUGGAGUGUCAUGGUUAAGGAAUAUCGACUGUGUUGAAACUUUUUGACUCACUUGACUUCAUAAAAAAUGAUUUAAAGUCUAGUUGGAUGACUUAAUGGAGUUAGAUGCUGACUGAGUUUCAGUGGCAAUGUUAAAACCCGAAACUAAAAGAACUAACUUUAAGUUUUACUUUAUAUUGGAAAGUGUUUCCAUUUCUACACCAAAAGGGGGUAGUGUUUGAGGAUUUGUAUUAAAAGCGACCCUUAAAAGACCGUUUUCUUGGACGAGGAUGAAAGGAGGCAGGAGAUCUGCAUCCUUCCACCGGGAGAGACCGGCAGGUUUGUCGCGGGCUCUCAGCUGGCUCAGCUUGUCCUCGCUGUCCGAGCACAGGAGACGGAUCUUCCGGAGCCAACACGAGCUCCACGUUCCCAGCCACUCCGGUACUCACCCCGAAGGCUCAGACAGAGAUGAGGACGACGAUAGCUGGGUGUACAAGCCUCAACACAAAAUAGCUGUGUCAAACCUGGAUGAGGAAAGCAAAUGGACGGUUCACUACACGGCUCCGUGGCAUCAGCAGGAGAACGUCUUCCUGCCAGGGAACAGGCCGACCUGCGUGGAGGACCUCCACCGCCAAGCCAAAGUCAACCUCAAGACCACCCUGCGAGAAUGUGAUAAGUUGAGGAAAGAUGGUUUCCGGAGUUCCCAGUACUACUCUCAGGGCCCGACCUUCUCCGAGCCCUUACAGUCCAGCAGCAGCCUGCAAGACGACGAGGAGGACGAAGAAAAUGACAAGAAGUCCAUAGCGUCCUCGAUGGAGGAUGAUAAAUCCCAGCUGUCCUUGAGGUCGCAGGAGCGCGGCGGGGAGAUGUUGGAAGUUGACGGGCAGAUGGUGUGGAAUAAGGCGGCUCCCCUCCCGACGCCGGAGGAGAAGAUGAGGCGAGCGGCUCAGGCCGUGCCCACGGAUAUAGUCCCCAUCAACGUCACAGGGGCGCUGUUUGACCGCCAGGCGAGCAUCCGGCGCUCCCUCAUUAACACUGAUACCGUGUCCCGUCGGCCCAAGAAGGUCAAACGCAGAAAGACUAUAUCAGGGCUGCCUGACAACUUCAACCAGGAGCUAGCUAAAGGACGAGGCGGGGAGCUUCGGCCACAUUCCAUGUUCAUCCCCGGACAGUACUCCACUUUGGGUAGAGUUGGGAGUGUCAACUCGACGCUCCGCUUCGAGAAAAGAGACUCCAGCUGCCAGACUGAAGAAGUGAAGAUCGUCCCUCCGUCUGUGAGGAGAAUCCGAGCACAAAGAGGGCAAGGGAUCGCCGCUCAAAUGGCGGGGAUAUCCGCUUCCUCUUCGACUGGAAGCAUCUCCGUCUCGAGCACCGACAGCGCCGGCGUCCUGAUCCUGCCCAACCAGUUUUGCCGCGACCCUUCCCGCUUUCACAGUCUGCCGCGCCAGGGCGCCAGAGUGUCCCUCAGCGCCGAUCCCAUCUAUAGCAGCACGCCCGUCAAGUCGGAGGAUCAACUGCAGAGGAGUAUAGGAAAAUUCCAGGUGGACGAAACGGCGGUACACAUCAGGAACGCCCCGAGAACGAGCACCUUGCCCAGAUCCACGUCUCAGGAGGUCAGGAGGACGCAGUCCAGCGAGUGGGGAGGCGGUCCCGCAUGUGUGGUCUCCCCUCAGGCAGCUUAUUCCACCUCCUACAUUCCUAACGCCACCCUGUCCAACUCCACGGAUGUCAUCGCCCUCGGCUCCUCCAGCCAUUUAUCCUUAUCAGCUGUCUCGGCUUUAGCCACUUCUACCCCCACGCACGCACAGCACAACGGCGUGACGCCUUCAGGCCCUCCCAGUGAGUCGGGCCACUCGGACGGAAGUGUUCACAGUCACAGCACUUUGGCUCCCACUCCCCCAUCCUGCCCCGCAGAGGAACAGUGGAUCUACGACACGCCGGAAAACGUGGUUCCGCACCGCACUCUGACCUCCAGCUGCUCCACUCCCAUCAACCAGCUCUACAGCAGCCUGGACCACUCCUCACGGACGGACUCCAGCUCCCUCUACUCCCAGGACAACGACGGAUACUUCACCUCCAUGCACGUGGACUCGGGCCUGCGCUCCCGGAGCCACGGAAGCGGGCCUGGCGCAGGCGCGGGGCGGUCCAGACACAGCAUGUACGAGUGUCGCGAGAUGGCGAGCCGGGAAGACUCGGGGAGCGUGUACAGCGACCGCUCUCUGUCGCGCAGCAUCUCGCUCCGCAAGUCGAAGAAGCCGCCGCCGCCUCCGGCGCGCACCGAUUCCCUGAGGCGCAAGCCCGCCGCAAAAAAACCCGUUCCUGCAAGUGGUGCUAACGGAGACGGUGUGAGCAUGCUCAGUGAAAUGUUCAUCGCUAGCCUGCAGCAGAGCCUACAAAUGGGACUGAGGAAGGGAAAGGGGACCUCUCUAUCGUCGCCCUCUCACAGCCCCAGCAGCGACUAUGACGACCCGUGGUUGCUGCGCCCGCGCAGUCAGAGCAGCAUCAGUGCCGGCAGCUCCGCAGCCUCGCUAGCUAACACCAACGGUGUGUCUAAUGUGUACUCCUUAUGCCACGUCACACCCACGCACAGCGACACCAGCAGUUUGCGUUCCGACUACGCAGAGUCCUGGGGAUACUACAUGGACUACCCUCGUACCCCUGCAGACCAGGGGGGGCAGACCCCACCAGCCCACGCUACAGACAACAUGUCAGAGGGUCAUCCAGGAGUCCUACAGAAUGGAGAAGUUCACAGCAACGCUCAGACGGACGGAGCUCCAGGACAGGAGGAGUCCGGGAAGUCCAAACCGUCCAGCUCCUCGCCGGACAGGGUGCACAGACUCACCUCCCCGUCGAGCGGUUACUCCAGCCAGUCCAACACGCCCACAGCCGGAACGCCGGUGCCAGCCUUCGUCAGAUCCAUGUCCCCCUCCUCAGGGAGUCGGCCCAAACCCAAAGUGCCGGAGAGGAAGUCCUCGCUCCUCUCCUCGGGUUCUGUCUCUUCGUCCUCUACCUCUCUGUCCUCCAACACGUCGGACUCGCUCAAGAGCUCAGGUCCUCCUCCGCCUAAUCCCCUCCACCUCACCUCUUCUGCCCCUCUUAGUCCUCCGCCCUUUCCUCCUCCUCUUCCUCCUCCGUUACCCAACUGUCCAAACGAAACGUCUGCUUCACCAGAGUUCCCUCCUCCUCCAUCUCCAGACCUGUUGAUGCACAACAGCUCCUCCUUGAAUGGGAGCUUUAGUCCUCCCCCUCCACCACCACCUCCGCUGCCGGAUUUCGCCCCAGCUGGAGGAUCCCAGAUUGUGAGGAAACCAACAAAAAACACUCCCAACAACGUCACAGAGUCCCCCAAGCCCCUCAUCACCCCCUUCGCCCUGCAGAGCGUCCAGCUGCGCUCCGUCAAGCGACCCCAGGAGGAGAUCACCGGGGAGCUGGAGCUGACGAAACCUCAGGAAAACGGGCUGGACCUCCUCCAGGAGCUGAAGCUCCACGGUCUGGAUCCAUCCCCCAUCGAGGACCUGCGGGAGUCCACGCCCUCGCCUGUGACCAAACUCCUGGAGGAGCUGAGCCUGGACUGCAGUUUCAUAAUCGACACACCAGACAGUGCAGUCAUCAACAGAGACGACCAGAGUUACUGUUCAUUCAAUGGAAAAGAGAACGAGGAAGAGCUGCCGCCGCCGCCACUGCCGCCGCCAGGGACAUGUGAAAGCUCCCCUGUCAAAGCCAGGCCGCCACCCGUCUCCAAGAAACCCAAACUCCCCUUCAUUCCACCCCAACCGAUCAGCGAGCCCGCUCCAACUCAGAACGACAACGCAGCGGAAGAUCAGGUCGACGCACAAACGACAAAUGAGGCGACAAAGGAGAGCGACAACCAGGAGGAGGAGGCUUCAGAGAGCAGCACUGACAUCCUGCUGGACCAGAAGACGGAUCUCAUUUGCACGAAUGGAGAGAUUUAUGAGGAGGAAGACGAGGAGGGAGAAGGAACAAGCAGCACUACCGGGUCCAUCAGCUCCAAGGAGGAAGACACAAAUGAAGUUUUUGAAUCCAGUGCGGCUGAAUUGCCUCCACCCCAGUCGGAGCGCAAAAUGGUGACCCCGACUCCCUCCAAACCCAGAACCACCGACGACCUUUUUGCAGUCAUACACAGGUCAAAGCGAAAGGUUCUGGGCCGCAGAGAGUCAGAGGAAGACAAGUCCCGCUCCGGGGUCCAGGCGCAGUCUCCGCCCUCCACGCCCUCCACCCCCUCCGCUGUGUCUCCUGGACCGGUCUCUCCAUCUCCCCGGCAGAUGGGCUCCAUCCAGCGAAACCUCCGCAAGUCCUCCACCAGCAGCGACAACUUCAAGGCCCUCCUGCUCCGCAAGGGGAGCCGCUCCGAGAACAGCUUCCGCAUGUCUGCCACGGAAAUGCUGCGCUCCACCGACCCGCGCUUCCAGCGAACGCGCUCCGAGUCUGCGCUAGACCCCCCCGCCGCUUCCCCCACGUCCCCGAUGGCGCCGCACAGCCCCUCUUCCUCCUUCAGGGGGAGUAAGAGGGUAACGGAUGAGUGGAGUCGCUACGACGCUCUGUCCUCGCCGACGUAUUCGCCCGGAUCAAAGUUCGGGCGCUCUCGCACGCCGCCUUCCGCCGCCAGCAGCAAAUACAACUCCCGUAGCCGCAUCCUCAGCAGCCCCAUGACUGUGAUCUGCGAGCGCGAGGGGGAGCACGGCGAAAGCGAAUCCGGCGAGAGCCGGGAAGGAGGGCAGACUCCCUCAGAAACCAACGGCACUUUAUCCGAAGAGAGCAGAGGUUAAAGAGAAGCAGUGCACUUCACGGAAGACGAUGACGCGUCCUCAGCGAGCGCGGGGGCCGGAAGAGGAGCCCCCCCGAGAAGCUGUUGAGUCCGGAUGCGAGCCGAGACGCCCAGAAAGCAGUCCGAUUCCAUUCUCUCCUUCAGUUUUUGUUUGAAAAAGAGGGAUUCCUGAACUCUUGGUGUUUUAGUUUGUUUCUCUUUUCGUUUUAACGACAUUUUAGUUUCUUUGAAGUUGAGGUGAAUUGAAGGAACUGCAACUUCUGCCGCCGUGGAUCUCGGAGAGGUCGGGUCACACUGGAGGCUUCAGAGUCGAUGCCACGGAAUCCGAGUUUUCAAAUCACAUUAAACCGUUCUUUUGGACGAGGUACAGACUCGGCUGCACGAUCGUGGUUCUUAGCAAGCGGAGAGGACUCGGUGCUGCCACCUACUGGUGGAACAGAACCAAAGCAGCAACACAAAAUCUGGUUUUUUUUUUUUUUUUUUAGUUUGUAGAUUUUGCACUGUGCAUAGAUCUUUUCGUGACUUUAAAAAGUAUGUUUUAAAACAUGUUUUAAUUAAUGAUUUAUGUGUUUGAGAUUUAAGUAUAAAACUAUAAAUGUAAAACCCGAACGUUUUACUGUCCAGGUCUUUUCUUUUCAUGUGGGCAACCAAAGAGUUCAGAAAUUAAACCCAACUGGCUGUUAA